AUGCUUCAACCGAUUCAUUGUAAUACCAAUGGCUUAUCGGCGAUGCCUUUUGAUAAGAGGGAACCUUGUAGAUCGGAGGGUUCAGAGAACAUUGAUAGUAGCAUAAUCACUGAUGUAGCUGAUGUCCUUACUGAUGCUACCAUAGACACUGUAGCUUCUCAGGCUGCCACCGUUAAUGAAGUUGCAAUUGCUGCCGCUGAUUCUUUUUUGCCUGUAAUGGGGUUGCAGUACGUAAUAGAUGCUAUACAUUCCUAUACUGGCCUAAAUUGGUGGGCAUCAAUAGUUCUUACAACCUUGUUGAUUCGAAGUGCUACAGUUCCACUCUUAAUAAAUCAACUUAAGGCCACCGCUAAACUUAGGUUAAUGAGGCCUCGCUUGGAGGAGAUAAAGCAACAGAUGGAUAGGAUGGCUAUGGAUCCCGUUGCUGUUGCUAAAGGUCAGGCGCAGAUGAAGAAGCUAUUUAAGGAAUAUGGUGUGAGCCCUUUUACGCCAUUAAAGGGACUCUUUGUUCAAGGCCCUAUUUUUGUUAGUUUUUUUCUUGCGAUAUUAAACAUGGCUGAAAAAGUGCCAUCAUUCAAGCAUGGUGGAGCUUUUUGGUUUACUGAUCUCUCUACUCCAGAUGCCUUGUACAUUUUUCCAGUUUUGUCUGCAUUGUCAUUCUUAAUGACUGUAGAGUGUCAUAUGCAAGAGACGGAAGGAAUUUGGACCAUGAAAAAUGUCUACAGGGGUUUUGCGAUUCUUACAGUUCCUUUCUCCAUCGGAUUUCCUAAGGCAAUAUUCUGCUACUGGGUUACAUCAAGUUUGUUUUCAGUUGUAUAUGGACUUGCGCUUAAAGCUCCUGGAGUAAAGAAAAUGUUGGACAUUCCGAGAGGUGUCAAAAGGACAACUUCGUCUGAAGCAAAGAAGACCUGA